UGUUUGUGAGAGUGUGGUGGACGAACUGUCUGGCAAACGAAAAUGUCCUAGGAAGGAACGAAAUUGAUAAGUUUGUUUUGUGUCAUAAAUAUGUUUUUGAUUUUCUAAAAUUUCAAGUAGACAUGAGAUAAAUAACGUUUAGGAGAGAAUAAAAAUUACAAAGUGUGGCGAAAAUAAGUCGCCACGAUACAGUUCAGGCGGAUUAUGUGAAAAUGCGAAGUGCCACUUUCAGAGUAAGAUUGCACUGGUCACACGCGAUUUUGCAGGUCUUCGAUUAGAGCCGUAAAAUUUUCGUUGAGGAACGUUACAUGUACGCAGCGGGAAUGACAAUAAUGGCAGUUUGUGUUGGCGAAAUUUGCGAGAAUACGAAGCUAGCUCGGGAAAUGGCUUUAAUGGGGAACUACGAGUCAGCCCUCGUGUACUAUGAAGGCACGGUGCAGAUGAUCCAGAGGCUGCUGAUGACCAUCGCCGACCCCACACGCAAGUCCAAGUGGCAACUGGUCCAACGACAGAUGGCGCGCGAGUAUCGACAGGUGAAGGCGACUAUGGCAACACUGCAGAUGUUCCAGCACGAAGGAGAGAAAACCAUCACACCGUUGUCUGCCAAUAUCGAGGACCUGCCAACCCGGGACCAGACGUGGGCGCUGGCCCCCCACGAGGUGGACCCGGACAUCUGGCCCCCUCCCCCCGACAGAGACCCCACCACGUGGCCCGCUCCUACCACCGUUGAACACAAGGGACCUGCGCCGUUGAAAUCAGCCCGGAACAACACGAGGGUCAACAACCGCGACAAGAAGGGCCCCGUCAACCAGCGGAACGUCACCUCGCAGAACAGAAAGGUCUCCGACGUGCGGACCCCUAAACUGAACACCAACAAAGCACAUAGCGCAAAAACAAAAGACGCGUCGAGUAAAGACCACGGCGGCGGGAAGGACAAGCAGGACAAAGACAACAACAACGGCGACACAGACGAUGAGAAGCACAGGGAGGAGGAGCGGCGGUUCGAGCCGCCCUCCAGCGCCGACGCAGACCUCGUCGAGAUGCUCGAGAGGGACAUAGUACAAAAGAACCCCAAUAUCCGGUGGGACGACAUUGCUGACUUGGCGGAAGCGAAGCGACUGCUGGAAGAGGCCGUGGUCUUGCCAAUGUGGAUGCCAGACUUCUUCAAGGGUAUCCGCCGACCGUGGAAAGGCGUGCUAAUGGUGGGGCCGCCGGGCACGGGCAAGACGAUGCUGGCCAAGGCGGUGGCCACCGAGUGCGGGACCACCUUCUUCAACGUGUCGUCAUCCACGCUCACUUCCAAGUACCGCGGCGAGUCCGAGAAACUAGUCCGACUGCUCUUUGAAAUGGCGCGGUUCUACGCGCCGAGCACGAUAUUUAUCGACGAGAUUGACUCGCUGUGCUCGCGGCGCGGGUCGGACAGCGAGCAUGAGGCGUCACGCCGCGUCAAGUCCGAACUUCUCGUGCAGAUGGAUGGACUAGGCUCCAGCACUGACGAACCAGCGAAGGUGGUGAUGGUGCUAGCGGCGACCAACUUCCCGUGGGACAUAGACGAGGCGCUGCGCCGGCGGCUGGAGAAGCGCAUCUACAUCCCGCUGCCGAACCAGGAGGGCCGCGAGGCGCUGCUGCACAUCAACCUGCGAGAGGUCAAGGUCGACCCCGAGGUCGACAUACGGUCCAUCGCCAAGAAGCUUGAAGGAUACUCCGGUGCUGAUAUCACUAAUGUUUGCAGAGACGCGUCGAUGAUGUCGAUGCGGCGCAAGAUCGCGGGUCUGAAGCCCGAGCAGAUCAAGCAGCUGGCCAAGGAGGAGCUGGACCUGCCAGUCACCAAGCAGGACUUCAUGGAGGCGCUCGGAAAGUGCAACAAGUCGGUUUCCAAGGGCGACAUACAGAAAUACCUCUCCUGGAUGGCUGAGUUCGGUUCCUCUUGAUUGUCGUAGAAACAACUCAAUAAACUGCCUACGAGGAGUGUUCCUAGUGUACACACUAGAGCGGUCACCUGCCACGUAACAUUCGCUCAGUAAAUCAUGUUGUAACAAAACAUCGAGCGCUUUCGAUGCUCUGUUCGAUAGACUGAGUCGUCUGAUGUUAUGUUACAAGUAAACGCUCUAGUUUGUAUCCGGUCAGAGACAUUUGCCGCGCAACGCUGCUCAAUAUAGCGCGGGAGCAUUGGCUGCGAAACGAAUGUUGCUCAAUGUUUUGCAACAUGCUGCAGAUCAAUGUUGCGCGACAAAUACAACUGAAUGAAUCCCCGGCACACUUCACUUCGGAACCGAACGAUCGUCAUUGAUAGUUUUAUACAGAACUGCUCGAUAAUAUGCAGCGUUUGACAACUUGCCAACAUCCUCAUACUUGUAACAAUUAUAAUUUAAUCUUUAACCACGACGGUCUUUCUACAGAGCUACAUACCGCAAUAAAGAACAGUUUUGAACGUCGCUCCUAACUUCGUGGUGGCUAAGUAGGUUUAAAAUAGAUACGAACUACAUAGCGCCCACCACUACAUGACGAACAGCGUGAAAUAUAAUGACUGGAACAUGUCAUCUAUUCUAUUCUACAUACUUUUAUGUAACCAAAAUAUUUUUUCAAUAAUGCCUUACUAUAUAAAAGCAACAUUUGGACUGUUUCAGUAUUAAUAAAAAAUAAAUAUUAGUGGCAUAUCGAAAUUGAAAUAAUAUAUAUUUUAAAAUGAGAACGUUUACAUAAAUUCAUAAAGAAUCAUGUAGAGUAAACAUUCCGAUGUGGGAUAAUGUAAAUAGGCUUUUAAUUAAUAACUGGUGGCAUUUUACUAAACUAUUUUUUCAAUCGUAACAAAUAAUCCUGCUCACCGUCACUACUCGGUCUCGGUACAUAGCGCACCUUAAUUGUGUAGAAUAUCUUAAAUUCAUAGCGCCUGACGCAGUUACGACCGCGCUCAGCCGAACACUCCCAUGAAUUUGUUCUGUCAUAUCGUGAUUUUGUACUUAAAUUAUAUUAAAAUUUGAGAUUUAUUUAUAGAAUUAGUAAUAAUUUUAUGCCAUAACUAAUUUAUAUAGUUUUUUUUAUAGAUUUUAUUUGACAUGGACAAUUUGGCAUUUAUUGCAUUGUUCGCUCAAUUAAUUAAAUUUUAUAGUAAAUGUCUCAUGUAUUUUUAAGGAUUCGGCACACCAAGAGCAGGAGCAGGCCAGAAGCCGUUACAACCGCGUUCAGUUGUCAUAUCAGAACAUUGGUUCUUUGCCUUUGAAGUCAUAUAAACAUUUAUUUUUACGCACUAUUUUGAUAUUUUUUUAAUAAUAUAUAACUGCGUUGCCACCGCGCAGGUCCUUGUUCUAACUGCGCUGGUACUGAUUUUGGUGUGCAGAAGCCUUUUAGUGAUUCACUAAGAGCAUUGGUGUGUUACAAUGCAAGAUUCCAUGUUGAGCAUUACGUUACGAUGCGAGACACCUCAUCGCUGCCUUUGCUUUUGUAACCACUCGAACUGUGCAUGUUAUACAGUUUGUACAGGAAAGUGAACCAUGAAAUGAGCCAUCACAACAGUUUUAUUUCAUAUUUUACUCGUAUUUCAUCUAUAAAUUUUGAAUCCUUUUGUUAAGUUAAUAAUUUUGCAAUCAUGUUAACAUACAUUAUAAUGAAAGGAAAAUAAACAAAUUUAAAUUUUA